AUGUCACUCAAACGAUUAAUUGAUGUGGGUACGGUAGCACAGCUGCUCAAGAAAAAUAUCAUUAACAAGGAAGGAGUUAGGAUAUUGGACUGCACUUACGAUCAUGGUCUCGUCCCCAACAAACCUGACUGGAAGCAUUUCCAAAAAGAGUUCUACGGAAAGUUCGAAAAACUGCUAGCUCUGCCGCCGUGCCCAUCGAAGCAGAUGUAUCUUUCCGGACACAUUCCAAAAGCACCUCAUAUAUGCAUGGAUGUAGCCUUCUAUCCAUCAGAAUAUGAACGAUAUGCUCUUUAUCCUCCCGAAGUAUUCCAGGAGUAUAUGCAGAUACUUGGCAUUGAUGCUGGCGAACAUCUAAUACUGUACGCUCGAGAAAAAUUUGGUGGAAUGCUCCACGCUUCAAAAUUUGCCUGGCUGUUCAAGUCCUACGGUCAUGAAAAGAUAUCGCUUGUUGACGGUGGAUUUGAUGAAUGGGUGAAAAGAGGACACGAAAUCAGUAAAGACGACGUUAAAUUGCAGCGUGGAACGUGGAAGGCCAGUGAUAACAUGGCCAAGUACAACAUCAAGUUCGAACAGCUGGAGGAACAACAUGGUGACAAAAAGUACAUUGAGUGGACGGAUGAUAUAAAUCUGCUCGAUGCAAGAGUACGAGGGCAGUUUGAGGGUACUAUUCCUACUGACUGCCCACCAAAUGUUGUCGGAACACACAUUCCUGGUUCUAAGUGCUUGCCAGCAGAAGAGCUGGUUGAGGAAGGCGUCAUGCUAGACAAUGAGGAAAUUCGCAACCGUGAGUAA